AUGGCGUCAAUAUUUAGAGUAUUUCGAAAACCUAUGCUACUGCAACCGGAAAAAGUUGAUAAAAUAGUAUUGGCUUGUGUUCAUCUUCAUAAUUCUUUGAGAAAACAUUCUUCGAAAAUCACAUACAACCCACCAGGUACAUUUGAUUCAGAACAGUUAGAUAGUGGAACAGUAGAAACAGGAUCUUGGAGAAGAGAACAUCAGAAUUUACAAUCCUUUUUACCUAUUCAUCAAGUUCGCCGAAAGUCAUCGAUCGAAGCUGCAGAAGUUAGAGUCGAAUUUAGUGAAUACUUCAUCUCACAUGAAGGUGAAGUUCCAUGGCAAUUAAACUAUUGCUAA